ACACUCGUUUUAAUAAAACAACAUACAGCACUGCGCACGAGACCGACAGCGAGAUAACGGAAACAAUUUUUGUUUGAUGCCGCUGGAAUAUCACCCUAAUAUGGAGACCUACUAAUUUGGAUUCUGGACUUCAUAGUGGCAAAAACUUACUCGAUACGCUGUGAGCACAGAGCACGGAGCUGUUACGGAGCACGGAGCGGUUGCGCACCCUCCUCUAUUGAACUGAAGAUGAGGGCAGCUCGCCAGGACGCUGAAGGUCCUCACGUAUUUGACCUAUGUGCUCUUGGCUAUAUGUUCACUGAUCACACAACCUAGCGCACAGCGCGUCUCCAUUGAUGAAAUGCUCUAGGACUAAUGACUUGAUCAACAACUGAAUGCUUCCAAGUUAAGCUGUUUGGGGGUGGAAAGGUGCACACUAUAAAUAACCCAGGAGAAGAUGCGUUUAGGAUGGAUGUAGCCAAGUUUAUCACCGUUACCUACAACACCUUGCAGGAUGCCAACACCUCGAGCGCACCGAGACCUCUCUCACACACAGAGCUGGGCUCUGCGCUCAUCAUCCUGGUGGUCACCGUGAUCAUUCUGGUCACCAUCGUCGGUAACGUGCUGGUCAUCGUGGCCGUGCUCACCAGCCGGGCUCUCCGCGCGCCACAGAACCUUUUCCUGGUGUCCCUGGCGUGCGCGGACAUCCUCGUAGCCACUCUGGUCAUCCCGUUCUCCCUUGCCAAUGAGGUCAUGGGUUACUGGUACUUUGGGAGCACCUGGUGCGCCUUUUAUCUGGCACUGGACGUGCUCUUCUGCACCUCGUCUAUAGUCCACCUGUGCGCCAUCAGUCUGGACCGCUACUGGUCCGUCACCAAGGCCGUGAGCUAUAACCUGAAGCGGACCCCCAAGCGCAUCAAGUCCAUGAUAGCCAUGGUGUGGGUCAUCUCCGCCAUCAUCUCCUUCCCGCCUCUCAUCAUGACCAAGCACGACGAGCACGAGUGUCUGUUAAACAACGAGACCUGGUACAUCCUGUCCUCUUGCCUCGUGUCCUUCUUCGCCCCGUGCCUCAUCAUGAUCCUAGUCUACUGUAAGAUCUAUAAAGUGGCCAAGCAGCGCUCUUCCACAGUAUUCGUGGCUAAGAACGGCCUGGAGAGGCAGCCCUCCCAGUCUGUGACGUGCUUCGUGAGGAAGGACCGGAUGGAGAUGGAGAGCCCCAGUAGCCAGAGCUCCGAGGACCACCACAGGCAGGAGGAGCUGGAUGAUAUCGACCUGGAGGAGAGCUGCUGCACCUCGGACAACAAACCCCGUAACCACCGCUUCUCCAAGCGAAGGAAGGUGGAGGGCUCGGACUGCUGCCCGCGCCAGAGCUGCCGCCUUUCUUGGGCCUCAGCGCGCGCCUCGCAGCUUUUCCAAGACCCUAAAAACGGGGCCAACGUGGCCCUGGCGGCCCAGCGGCAGCACCUCGCGGUGGCUGCGUCCAAGACCAAAGUGGCCCAGAUGCGUGAGAAGCGAUUCACGUUCGUGCUGGCCGUGGUAAUGGGGGUGUUUGUGCUCUGCUGGUUCCCCUUCUUCUUCACAUACAGCCUGCAUGCAAUCUGCAGGGAGAGCUGCUACAUUCCCGGCGCGCUCUUCAACACCUUCUUCUGGAUUGGUUACUGCAACAGCUCUGUGAACCCUAUCAUAUAUACCAUUUUCAACAGGGAUUUCCGUAAGGCGUUUAAGAAAAUAGUUUGCCGGACUUCAAAACGCACUAAUGCCACUUGAAAAGAAGGGUCACUUUGAGGCUGUAACUGGCUGACUGUGCUUCACUGCUCAUCCAGACAAAGACGUCAGUUCCGUAUCCAGCGCUCAGCCCUACACCUCUGAAUGACUAUUCGUUCCAAAAUGAACUUUUAUAUGUAAAUAAUAUGAUGAUAUCAUAUCAAAAUAUCUCGUGUUGUGCACAAAUGUGUGAAUAUUAGAAACAAUGUACAGAGGGAAUAGGAUGUAUUAAACAAAA